AUGAAUAUAGGAAGAUUUGUAAAUGGCAUUCAGACUAUCUUCUCUCUUUGUGGGCAAGAAGAUGAAACGGUAUUUCAUCUCUUCUUUGAAUGUGCUUACUCUAGAUUAGUGUUGGAAGCAGCAGGUUUCGGGUUUGAGAUAAUUUAUGAAGGAAACUCAUAUCAAAUUAUUAAGAAUUGGAUAGAAAAUGACAUGGAGAAUAAAUUUGUAAUGAAAGUUUGCAUUUUGUGGAACAUUUGGAAAUCCAGGAAGGACAUUACAUUUUCCCAGGGAACAUUCUCAGUGCAGUUGAUAUUAAAGAAAGCUUCUCAUGACUUUGAUCUUUGUAUGGAAAAUCUUCCGAAAAGCAAUGGAAAUUCAACUGGUGCAGUGGCUCGUGACGUAAAUGGAAGGUUCCUAGGAUGUGCUUUUAUCACGUUCAUGGAAACUUCUCCACUCCUGGCAAAAUCGGUGGCAUGUAGACUGGGAAUGGAGUUAGGAAAAGACCUAAACUAUGACAAAGUGAUCAUAGAAGGUGAUGCAUUGAAUAUUACAACUGCAGUAAAUGGAGAUGUUCAAGAGAUUCCUUGGAGUAUUCGAUCUGAAAUUUUUAAGAUUAAGGAUUUAGCUUCUUUAUUUACUGUUGUAAAUUUCCAACAUGUUAGGAAAAGUGCAAACUCUAUGGCUCAUGAUCCUUGCCAAUUUGCUUUUCAUAACAAGUAA